AUGGUGUGCAGUAUACGAGAAAACACACCCUAUGCGUUACCAUUCCCAGCAGUGGAGCUUUGGAGUCGCGGCGUGCAUACAAUUAAAAUGGGGCAGCUAUCCGUGCCGUUAAAAAAAGCCAUUCGUGUGUUGACGAACUCCAAUGAUGUCCAAAAUGUGUCCGCUGGCCAGGCCGCCACCAAACUUCAGCCUGUCAGUCUCCAGGCCAACUUUGACGUGCAAGCCAAUGGCACUUAA